GAGGGCGAAUUUCGAAUCGAGAUUAAUGUGGAUGUGAAUGGAGUGAAAUUUGUUUAAAAGGACUGACGAAAUCGGUAAAGGAAAAAAGUGAUAAAAAUCUGAUAAAGCAUAGAACCGGGAAUCGCAGUGAAUCGAAGUUAUAGAGAAGAAAAACACGGCCACGCUUAACUGAAAUCAUUUUUCGCGACCUCUCCACCAGUAACCUCUGCCACCCCGACAGCCCGCCUGCUCGCCAGCCCGACACUGUUUUCCAGUUCGUUUUGUGCAUAUACUAGAAAAAGUGAUGUGAGCAGAGAGUCGCGACUCGACUCGACUCGAUUCGACUGACAUAAAUUCCUAUUUUUAAACUGGCAGAGAAAAGCGAAAAGCGUCGAUACGGAAUCAAUUUGCCAGACGCUCCAAAAUUGCCCCCAACAAUAACCAAACAAAGGGAAAAGCAAAGGCAAAAGCAGCAGCAGCAGCAGCCGAAAAAGGAAUUCCUUUCCAGUAAAGAUUCAGCAUUUACAGUUGGUGUACCCCAUUUACUCUCGCCUCCCUCCCUCUCUUAAAAGCACGCACAGUCGCUGUCAGUGUGCGUGUCGGUGUCGUUGUUGGUGACGGUGUCGGUGACGUUGUCGGUGUUUUUGUACAAGUGUCAGUGUCGGACUCGGCCGGAUCUGAUGAAUAUUAUUGUUAAUCCAUCAUUGCCAAUGUUAAUGCAACAAACCCAAAACUAAACUGUGAAACAAUAAGUGGAAUUAAAACCUUUUGCUAGAAUAUUUGUAUAUUUACAACCCGAAACUCUGACAACUGCCAGUCGGAGUUUGAUUCGGAGUGUCGCUUUGCCUUGGAAUCAAUCGCCUAAUCAUUGCCAGCAGCGUCAACGUUCUGCAAUCCAUCAUCAUCAUCAUUAUCAUCGGAACAUCUGCGGUCAUUUGCCAGCUGUGGCAUUCGCAGGGGAACGCUGUCGCUUUCGCACCCUGUCGUCGACAAUAUCAUCAAGAUAUCUUCAUUCGAAGAAGACUACAGGGCUGACAGGCCCAUGGUGCAGCGUGCAUCAUCCUCGGAUGCUCCCUCCGUUCAGGGUGGCCAACAUCGAGAGUCUCGAUUUGGCCUUGGAUACACGUCUUACCAAAGUGGAUACAACAAACUAUUCACACAGGGUUCUGCCGACUCGAACUACUCACAACCGUCAUCCGAUCUGUCGCUAGACGAGGAAAAGGAAUCGCUUCGGCGAGAAAAGGAACGUCAGGCCUUAAGCCAGUUGGAAAAAGCGAGGAGCAAACCAGUGGCGUUCGCUGUGCGAACCAACGUAGCAUACGAUGGCGCUAUCGACGACGAUUCGCCCGUACAGGGUGGCGCCGUUUCAUUCGAGAUCAGGGAGUUCCUGCACAUCAAAGAGAAGUAUGACAAUAACUGGUGGAUCGGACGGUUGGUCCGAGAAGGCAGUGAUGUGGGCUUCAUACCCAGCCCCGCUAAGCUAGACAACAUUCGUAUGCAGAACCAAACCAGACCCUCAAGACUGUAUGGCACAAAGGGCUCGUCGAGCGGCAAUUUGGGCGCGGGAGGCCAAGCAGGUGCGGAGCCAUCACGAGGUAGCACACCCCCCACACCUGGUGACGAAUCAGAUUCCAUGGGACCAGGACGUCAUGGGAAGACACCACUGGCAACGCCGCCGAACAAGGAGAAGCGCAAGCCGUUCUUCAAGAAACAGGAAACCGCCAGCCCGUACGAUGUGGUGCCAUCGAUGCGUCCCGUCGUCCUAGUGGGUCCAAGCCUUAAGGGUUACGAAGUAACCGACAUGAUGCAGAAGGCGCUCUUCGACUUCCUUAAGCACCGUUUCGAGGGUCGCAUCAUCAUCACCCGCGUGAUGGCCGACAUUUCCCUGGCGAAGCGCUCCAUCUUGAACAAUCCAUCAAAGCGGGCCAUUAUGGAGCGAUCGAGUAGUCGCUCCGAUAAUCUUGGCAAGGUGCAGGAGGAGAUCGAGCGCAUCUUCGAGCUGGCCCGCUCGCUCCAGUUAGUCGUACUCGAUUGUGAUACAAUCAAUCAUCCGUCACAAUUAGCAAAAACUUCAUUAGCGCCAACAGUAGUGUACUUAAAGAUUAGUAGUAGUAAGGUUUUACAGCGUUUGAUUAAAUCACGCGGCAAAUCGCAGGCGAAAAACCUCUCCGUUCAAAUGGUUGCCGCCGAGAAGUUAUCCCAAUGUCCACCGGAAAUGUUCGAUGUAAUUCUAGACGAGAACCAACUGGAAGAUGCCUGUGAGCACAUAGCCGAGUACUUGGAGACCUACUGGAAGGCCACACAUCCCGAUAUACGUUCAGAGCCGCCGAUAGCCAGACCACUGCCGCAGGAGGCUUCCCCAUUGGCGGAUGCGGCACGCCUCGGACCGACACCACCAGUAGAUGGCGAGGAGUUCAUCGAUGAGCAGGACCCGCGUAGCAUGGGUAUGGCGAGUGGGGAGCGUGAGGGUAGCCGGGAGCGUGAUCGGGAUCGUGACAGCAGGGAGAGGGAACGCGAUCGGGAGCGGGAACGUGACUACUGGGACAGGGAGUUCAACCGAGAUCGCAGCUCGAAGGACAGGGAGAGAGAUCUGGAGUGGGAGCGGGAGCGGGCGCGCGAGUGGGAGAGAGAGCGAGAAAGAGAUUGGGAUAGAGAGUUCGAUUGGGACCAAGGAGGAAGCUCGUAUCAUCACAGUCGGCGGCAGACCACGGCGGGACGCCACCAGGAGCGGGGCGGUGGCGUCGGAGCCGGCGGCUAUGAGCGGGAACGCGAACGGGAGCGCUACGAGCGGCGAGAACGAGACCUCAUGCACUACGAUCUGAACAGUGACGAGCUGCUGGACGAGCGAAACUUUGAGUAUCCGGCGAUGCGGAGCGGGCCGAGCGGCGCCUCACACCACGGCCACCUGUCGCGUGGUGGGCGGCUGAUGGACGACCAGGAGUUCGAGCGGGAGGAGCCACAGAUCAGGAUGACCAGCUCGCGGUAUGGCCCAUCGACGAGGAUCGACGAUCCGCGCGAUCUGCCGCGCGGGGCCACCGUUGUCGAUCGCGAUGAAUACAGUCCGCACAGAGGUGGUGGGAGUAGUAGGAGAAUGCUGAAUGCCAUACCCAAGCCCAAGCCACUGCCCCUGUCACAAGUACCCUUGAGACCGUUCAUUCCACCUCUGACCCACACCUCCCAUCCUGGACACCCGCAGGCGCACUCCAGCGGCCAGUGGCUGUCCUCCUCAUCCUCCUCCCUCGCCCAGACCUCGUUCAGUCAGCCGAGAUCGCGCCGCGAACUCUACCCGCUGCGACACCAGCCCCAGUCCUAUCCCCAGGCCCGACCCCACAGCCUCAGCCACACCCAUUCCUAUGCAGGCCAUCACCCGUCAUCGUCCCAAUACCGAUACCCAGUCCAGGAGACCUCCUUUGCCCAUCCGCCGAGAGCGGCAUCGGGCUCGAGGGUCGAUCCAUUCAGCAACCCAUCCCUGAGCAAUGUCGAGGCUGUCACGCAUGCCAUCCGCAACAAGAUCAUCUUGGAAGAGGACGAGGAGGAUAUCCUGAGCACGGAUCGGUUCUAUUGAAGAGAUUUCAGCGCGCUUGAGUCGUCACCCCUUUAGCUCCUUAUUUGAUUCACACUUGGAGAGCUGCACAGAUUCGGGGGGAACCCACUAAACAAGAGAAAGAGCAGUGCCAAAAUCACACACAAAAUUCAAAUCACACUUGUAAAUGUUCCAUUCGAAGAUCAAUUUGUUCACACGGAUACACAAACACGAAGAGUACUUACAUUUAGACGAUGAAAAAAGUGAAGUGAAAGUGUAAAAGUAAAGUUAAAAGGAAAAGUAAAAGUAAAAUGCGAGAAGCCCAAUGCCAAGUGGGGCCUUAUGUGUCUUAAAUGCUAUAGCUAAGUGUAAUCAGAUUUUAUUUAAAUAAUAUGAAUUUAAAUUAUAGAAAUGAUCUUAGGUCUAAGCCUAAGAUUUAAGCAAGUGACAGCAAAAGCCCGUUCAAAAAGGAGGAGGAACAUUAUCCUGCAGCAAUUUAACAAGCAUUUGUUGAAAGGGGUUCGCGUCUCGUAUUCGUUAUGCAAUCGAUUGACUAAGUACAUGAAUAAGUGUCAGCUUUAAUAAUUUAGUGAACGUGUAUUAAUAUCUAAGUCAAGCCAUACACACACCAGACACCAAACACCAAACACACACUGACUCUCAGUUUGACUUUAAACCGAUUGAAAUCUCCUUGAUAGUAUCAAAUCGAUGUCUUAUCCCCAAAUCCUCUAUCCAAAAUUGGUAUUUCUUCCUCUACUUCUUCCGCUACCUUAGUAAUGCUACAAUACUAGCCUUUAACUAUUACUAUCAGAUACAUAGGUGUACUUCCUGUAUGGGCUUCUCGAAAGUACUUACGAGUACAGUGGGUAUCAAAGCUAUAAGACAGAUGCAACUGGUAACAAAAAUUAUAUAAAUUGUGGCACUUCCCCAAAGUUUUUCUCUCCCUUUUCUAGAUAUUAGCUGAUGGAUUCAGCUGUGAUGAGCUUUAAAAUAAACUUAGAAAUUCGCAGAUGUAACUGUCUUAUGGCUUUGCAGACGCACUGUGCUCUCAGCUAGAUUUUGGUUGCUCCUAAGCUAUAGCAAUAUCUUCUUCAAUCUAGAUACCUUGCCACACACACACCAUAUCAUGCCACACUCACACACAAACACACACACCUGCCAAUCAAUGUACGCAUAGUUCGCACCGAUUUGCAAUCCUAAAAAGGAUCGCUAGCGAACGAGCCUUAACUGGGGCAGCAUCAUCCAGUAGCGAUUGCUGAGCAGGGUGACCCAGUUAUAGGUUUAGCGAUUUAAACUACCAGUGCCUUAAAAAACCAUCAAAUCGAGUAACACAAUCGAGCAUACACCAACACCACAAGGUUUAAUACAUAAACUCCUCACUCACACACACACAGAUUUCCUUACACCAUAAACUUUCCUUACUCAUCAGUCCCUUCUCACGUCUCACGCCUCCUCCCCACGCUAAAGUCGUAUGCGUCAAAAUUAUUGUUCAAGUAAUGUAAGUACACGUAAAAUGUUGAAGUAAAAUACGUUGAUCUGGCCCAUUCCGAACGAGCACUCCUUUUACAAUUCCAACCACCAAAAACAAAAUUUUGUGGACCUAGCGCAAAGCAAUGAUGAAACGCACUGCAUUCAAAUCGAUCGCCACUUGGAUUAACUAAGCACACCCACUCAAAGUCCUAUCCUAAAGUCCAAGACUAAGCUGAAUCCUCCUCACUGGGGGGAAACCCAGUGCAGACAGAAAAAUGGGACAAGGAGACGGAAUCAGUGGGGGGUGGAGGGUGGAACGGUGCACUCCUAUAUGUAGAAGACAGACAGGCCAGGCCAUGGCCCAGGGAAGAACAAAAAGCAAACAAAUCUAGUACUUUUUUAUGUAAGAGACUACACACACAAAGGUGAUAUAAGUAAAGUUUUUGGAGAGUACAUUUGAAACAGCUACUGAAAAUGGAAAUUGUUUGAAAGGGAAAUGCAGAGAUGCCGAGACAAAAGGGAACAAGACUUCAAGAUCAGAGUCCUCAUGUGCAGAAUGAUGUAUGUAUUUCCUUGAGAACAGUGCCACCAGUCCAAAGUUGGGAUCGUCUUGGUUGGGGGGAUUGGUUGGACCAGGCACUGGUGUCGCAUUGAAUAGAACCGAAAUGAAGGGAAACCUACGAGAUUAAACUACGAUACGCAAGCACUUCUUGUAUAAAGUGGCAAACAAAAUUGAUCUAUAAAUUAGCUAAACUUAAAUCAAUGAAAUAUUACUUUUUAAUAUUAGUAUAAAGUUGAGGACAAAAAACCUAGACACGAUCCUCCUCGGCCAGGGAGGAGCGAGCUGGAAUACUUAAGAUUAAAGAACGCAACUCCAUUGCAGACAGUUGCUGAUGCGAGUGUGUACUUAAGAAUAUUGCACAUAAUUCACAGAACUGGUAUUUCAAUAUAAAUAUAAAAUAUAUAUAAAGAAGAUACACGCCCCUAUACAUAAAGAUGAAUAUACUGAUUGAUAUACUAUACAUGAAUGUGUAUGUAUGGUCUUACUAUAAUUAACAAAAUUUAAACGAAUACGGAUACAGAAUACAGAAAUCAGCCGGCAUUUUGUAAGCGAAGCAAACCAAGUAAAAAUUUAAAUAUAAAUACAAAACUAUAACAAAUUGUACCAGAUAAUGUUCAGUGACAUCUGCGAAGCGAACUUUGAUGCCGAAACUUUGUCUGAUCUCAUGGGAAGUUGACUCCUUAACACAAAAAUUCUUCUGAAAUAUACAUAGCUUAUUGGAUAAUGGAUUGAGCUAAGAAAUGUCCCACAGAUAUUCCCUUAAUAUUGUAAAUUCUUUUGUCUGAUCGAUCGGCAAAAACAAAGCUCCAAAGAUCGCUGCGUUAUGAAAAUUUUGCAAAACAAAACCAAAACAGGUUUGCUUAUAAUAUAGAGCAAUUUUUUUUGUAAUAAUCAAAUCUUAUUUCCAGUUAAUAUAACGAGAACGAAAACCAAAACCAAAAUUAAAUUUGUUGACACUCUCAAACAC